AUGCGCUCGCCCUCCGCACUUCUCCUCGCCGCCGGCCUCUCGGCCGCUGGCACCGCCAAUCUUGUCUCAGCUGCCGACAGCGAGCGCAUCCUCGGCGUCUACCUCUUUCACCGCCACGGCGACCGCACCGCCAAGGCCUGGAGUCCCGUCAACCUCACAGCCCUCGGCGCCGACCAGGUGCACAACUCGGGCACAUUCUACCGCGCUCGCUACGUCGCCUCCGAAGCCGGCUUUCGCGUUUCCGGCCUCAGUUCCGACGACGCCGUUCUCUCCCAGCUUCAAGUCGUCUCCCCCAAGGAUGCCGUCCUCCACAACUCGGCCCUCACAUUCCUCCAGGGCCUCUACCCGCCGACCGGCCGGACGGAGCUGCUCGCCAAUGGCUCCAAGAUCGAGGCUCCCCUCGGCGGCUAUCAGUACAUACCCAUCGAUGCCAUGAGCGAAGCGGCCAGUGGUGACAGGGCCGAGAGCAACGCCUGGCUGCAGGGCGGCAGUGGCUGCGGCAAUGCCGUCGUCAGCUCCAACAGCUACUUCGCCUCGGCCGAGUACAAGGCCACCUACGACGACAGCGCCGCAUUGUACCAGAGCCUCCUGCCCGUCAUCAACUCCACCUACGGCACCGACGCCGCCAACUUCAAGAAUGGCUACAGCAUCUACGACCUCAUCAACGUUGCCACCAUCCACAACUCCUCCAUCUCCUCCCACAGCCUCCUCACCAAGGAGACUCUCGCCCGCCUCUAUCAGCUGGCUUCGGUCCACGAGUGGAACCUGGCCUACAACGCGACCGAGCCUGUGCGCUCCAUUGCCGGCGCCGUCCUUGCCGGCCAGAUUCUCGACGCCCUCGACGCCGUCGUCGACGGCAAGCCGUCCGCACCCAAGCUGAACGUCCAGUUUGGCGCCUACGGCACCUUCAUGGCCUUCUUUGGCCUCGCCCAGUUGCCUCAGGCAAACGCCGACUUUUAUGGCGUUUGCAAUUACGCCUCGAGCAUGGCCUUUGAGCUUGUCACCACCGUCCAGGAUGCGAAGCCGAAGCCGGCCGAUAUUUCCGUACGCUUCCUCUUCGCCAACGGCACCGCUGCCGACAAUGGCCUGAAGCCCUUUCCCCUCUUCGGCCUGGCCAAGGAGACGCUCUCUUGGAAUGACUUUAAAAGUGCCAUGGCCAAGUUUGCCAUCGCAGACACGGAGCACUGGUGCAACCUCUGCGGCAACACCAGCGGCAAGUGCGCCAACAGAGCGACCGUCGCCGCCGGCGACGUCUUCCAAAACCCCAUGGCCUCUGGCAAGGGCGUCUCCAAGGUCGUCGCCGGCGUCAUUGGCGCCCUCGUCACCCUCGUCGUCAUCCUCAGUCUCCAAGCGGCCAUCAUCCUCCUCGGUGGCCUGCGACUCGUCAAGAAGUCGUCCUUGUCCGGUGUCCGGCGAAGCGCCGACGUCGGCGAGCUGGGUCACAAAUGA